AUGGUGAAGGCUGGUUACAUUGGCGAGUUUGAGGUGAUCGAUGAUCACAGAGCCGGAAAAAUCGUUGUAAAUUUAACGGGCCGUAUCAAUAAGUGCUCCGUGAUCAGUCCACGUUUUGAUAUCGCAUUGAAGGAUUUGGAAAAAUGGACGUCCAAUCUGUUGCCAUCACGUCAGUUUGGACAUCUUGUAUUGACAACAUCAGGCGGAAUUAUGGACCAUGAGGAGGCACGAAGGAAACAUUUGGGUGGCAAAAUUCUUGGCUUCUUUUUCUGA